AUGCACGUCGUAGAUUCGGCGCCUCCCCUCCUACUGUAUGUCCCGGCGUUCAUCAAUGAGGCGGAAGAAGACUUCCUCCUCAAAUGCAUAGAUUCGGUUCCCUCUCACUCCUGGACUAUAUUAAACAACAGGAGGCUGCAGAGCUUGGGUGGUACCCCCCACCCUAAAGGCAUGAUCCGGGAAAAAAUACCAAAACCGCACCAUGACGGACCCCUUUACCUUCCCGUUGUUGCCACCGUUAAUAUAGCGUCUCACAGUGUUCUCGAUUUCUACUCCCCGCUUUCAGAAACUGCUAGACAGGUAAACAUCUUAACAUUUGGCCUGACUCCUAUUACGUUCAUUUUAUUUACCCAAUCCCGUUCUUUCCAGGAUCCCGGCGAGACGUCCUGGGCCAAGAGGUACAUUGGAUCGGCAUUUCUCGAACGGCGAAGUGCCAAUAUCCUGUCCGAGUCACUAUACACUUAUUAUAUGCACGGAAUCGAAUCUCGGGCCAUUGACAUUUUUCAUCACAUGAGCAAUUCCUUUAUCAAAAAAUUUAAUAAGGAGCUGAAAGGGGAAGAAAACAGACCGGCAUUCAAUAGAAACUUGUGUAACCAACUAGCUUGUCCUUAUGGUGACGCUGAAUUUCCACGUGGAAGACGGAUUUCUAUCACGAUCAGACAUGUAACAAAGACCUGCAAGAUCAAAGCCAACUCAAUU